UCCUUAACUUUCACAAAAAAAAAACUCUUUCAAUUAUUUUUAUUAAUCUUCGUUAUCAGAAGUGUGAAACAUGUUUCCUUCCAUUAUUUUGAGAACUCUUAUAAUGUCUGUUUCACACCUUCAUAGCACAACACAACACACAGAAACAUAAAAACAUAGACCAUUGUUCUCUCUUUAGUUUCAUAACUAAGAGAUUAGAAUUCGAAUGCCCAUAAUUGAAUUUUUCUUUCUCUCUUUCGUUUCAUCGUUGGCUUGUGAAAAAGUUUCGAUUUUUCACCGUUUUGGUUAUCUGGGUAGUCGGUGUCAAAAACAUGAAGUUUGAGGUGGGUUCAGGUGGUUGCGGCGGCAGAGGUGGCGGUGGCGGUAGCGGCGGUUGGAAUUGGAACGAUGAUGAAGAAGAAGAAAAAUCCAUGGUGAUGAAAAUUCUCGGAAAACGUGCUUUUGAUUACUUGGCUUCAAACUCCUUCAUCACCAAUGAGAGCAUGUUAAUGGCAACAGGGAGUUUCGAGAAUCUUCAGAACAAGCUCUCUGAUCUUGUUGAACGCCCCAACUUAAACCAUUUCAGUUGGAACUACGCGAUCUUCUGGCAGUUUUCACAGUCCAAAUUCAAAAAAGAUUGUGUUGUUCUUGGUUGGGGUGAUGGCUGUUGCAGAGAACCAAUCGAAGGUGAAGAAGAAAGAGAAGCUUUGAGACUUGGAUUUGAUGAUGAUGAAGUUGUUCAGAGAAUGAGGAAGAGGGUGUUGCAGAAGCUUCACACGAUUUUUAAUGGUUCUGAAGAGGAAAAUGAAAAUUACGCUUUUGGCCUUGACCGUGUAACUGACACUGAGAUGUUCUUCCUUGCUUCCAUGUACUUCUCUUUCCCCAAAGGUUAUGGUGGUCCAGGUAAGUGCUUUGAACUUGGUAAGCACUUGUGGAUUUGUAAUGAUGAUGAUGCUGAUGAUAGAGAUGGUGAUCAUGGGUUUUUGAAUUGUGAUUCUGGUUAUUGUGUGAGGGCAUUUUUGGCAAAAUCAGCUGGGAUUAAAACUGUUGUUUUGGUUCCAACUGAAUUAGGUGUUGUUGAAUUAGGUUCUGUGAGGAUUGUUGAUGAGAACCUUGAUUUGUUAAAAGCUGUGUACUCUGUAUUUUCUUCUUCUUUUGCUCACUCAUCAUCAUUCAAUGAUGUUGUAAAUGUCAAGGGAGAUGAAAAAAAUAGAUUUUUUUGUGGUUUGAAUGUUGGGGAUUGGGAUAGGGAUAGAGAUAUUAGGGUUAGGGAUCUUGAGGGUGUUCCGGUUCCAAAGAUUUUUGGGAAAGAAUUGAAUGUUGGGAAUUUGAAUUCAGGGGGAAAGAAUUUUAGGGAGAAAGUUGUUGUUAGGAAAAUUGAAGAGAAGAAAUCAUGGAAUGGUUACCCUAAUGGGAAUAAUGGAAUUCGGUUUCCUAAUAAUGCUAGGAAUGGUGUUAAUGGUUCAAGUUGGGCAGUUAAUCAAGGUUUGAGUCAGGGCUGCCUUGGAGGAGUUUUCCCUCCUAUUCCUAGAUCCUGCCUUAGUAAUAUGGCAAAGCAAGCCGAUUGCGGCGGGAAGAAAGAUUCCUUGUUGGAAAAGUUUCAACGGCCGCCACAAGGGCAAGUGCCGAUGCAAAUUGAUUUUGGAGUAGGAUCACAGUCUUUUGGGAGAUCAAUCGUUGGCGAAUGUGAGAUUUCAAAUAGCGACUCAUUGCAUAAAGAAGAGAAACCGAGCGCGACUCAAGAAAAGAGGCCGAAAAAGCGAGGUAGGAAGCCUGCUAAUGGAAGGGAAGAGCCCCUCAAUCAUGUGGAGGCGGAGAGGCAAAGGCGCGAGAAACUAAACCAACGUUUCUAUGCGUUGCGCGCUGUUGUACCUAAUAUCUCGAAGAUGGAUAAGGCGUCUUUGUUGGGAGACGCCAUAGCUCACAUCAAUGAGCUACAGGCGAAAUUAAAGGCCUUGGAAUACGAAAAAUCAACCCUGAAAAGUACUUCCAAGGCUAAUUUAUCAGGAAUUGAGGCCAAUCUUCGAGAUAGAACUUGUUCUUUCAAGGUGGAUAUCGAAGCGGAUCAAGAUGGUGUGAUUGUGAAAGUGAGUUGCCCUAUUGAACUUCAUCCUACAUCAAAAUUGAUCCAAGCGUUAAAAGAUUCAGAAAUGAGUAUUUUGGAGUCCACAUUUAAUGCUACAAAUGAUCAUGUCUUCCACACAUUCGUGAUUAAGUCCCAUGCAUCGGAACAACUCACAAAAGAGAAGGUGAUCGCGGCGAUUUCUGGUGAAUCCAACUCAAGAAAACUCAUAUUCGCAUAGUAAUAUCUCCAUCAUAGAUUUUGUGUUAGAAAAAAGAAACAUAGUUUAUGACAUUUUCUUACUCAUUUAGUUUAUUCAUUUGAUGUAAAGUAUAGAUAGUCAAAAUGUUAGCCUUUUUUUGGGUAUAUAGUAUACCUAUACUUGAGGUUGUUUAAUGACCAAAUUAGCCAUGGAAGCAUUUAGGUUUAAGAGAUAGUAAUUAUAAGUUGAAAAUGAAUGUUCUCAAAUUUUUUUUUUCAA